UCGUCGUUGGAGGACGACAUCAUGGCGGCCUCCUUGCAUCUGGGUCGUCAGGGAGUUUUAUUUGGUCUCAGGUUGUCUCAGUUCAACAAAUGUUUGUGGCACCGACAACCGUGUCAGGAGCGUGUGAGAUAUAUCUUCCAGUCGUCAUGGGUCCUCGGUGUCAGUCCACUCAAAGUGCAAAUGCCUGCCCUCUCCCCCACCAUGGAGGAGGGGAACAUAGUAAAAUGGCUGAAGAAGGAAGGUGAGGCUGUGGCAGCAGGUGAUGCCCUGUGUGAAAUAGAGACAGACAAGGCAGUGGUUACUAUGGAAUCCAAUGAUGAUGGUGUUUUGGCAAAAAUCAUGAUGGAGGAGGGCAGUCGUAACGUGCGCCUUGGCACUCUCAUUGCCCUAAUGGUAGAAGAAGGGCAGGACUGGAAGCAGGUUGAGAUCCCUCCUCCAGAUGUUGCAUCACCAUCUGUCUCAGACACUAGCAAUGCCUCAGUGAUGACCCCUCCUUCUCCAUCUCCAAGCUCUCUACCAAAACCAGUCCCAUCAGAGCCGUUGCGUUUGAGUCCAGCAGCGAGACACAUUUUGGCGUCCCAUGGUAUCGACCCAAAGUUGGCUACACCCACAGGGCCAAGGGGACUGAUCACUAAAGAAGAUGUGCUGAACCUUUUGAAGAAGUCCCCGGCCCCCGAAGCAGCUCCUGUGACCACAGCAGCACCAAUUCCUACCCCAAGUCCUGUACCCACCCCAGCAGCCUCUCUUCCACUUCCAGGCACCCGGCCCAACAUCCCUCCACUAUCUGUACCUGGAAAACCAGGAGCACCAGGAACGUUCACUGAGAUCCAAGCCACAAAUAUCCGUCGAGUGAUUGCUCAAAGGCUGACAGAGUCAAAGACUACGAUCCCGCAUGCAUAUGCUUCCAUAGACUGUGACAUGGCUGCUGUCAUGAGGCUCCGCAAAGAGCUUGCCAAAGAUCAGAUUAAAGUGUCCGUUAAUGAUUUCAUUAUCAAGGCAGCUGCCGUUGCACUUAAAGAAAUGCCAGAAGUAAAUGUGACCUGGUCUGAUGAUGGACCUCACCCACUAGAUUCCAUCCAUAUUUCAGUGGCAGUGGCUACUGACAGAGGCCUCAUCACACCAAUCAUAAAGAAUGCUGCUAACAAAGGAGUCCAGGAGAUCUCAGCCACUACUAAGGUGUUGGCCCAGAAAGCUCGAGACGGUAAACUCUUACCUGAGGAGUACCAGGGAGGCUCAUUCAGUAUAUCUAACUUAGGGAUGUUCGGAAUCAGUGGUUUCAGCGCCGUCAUCAACCCCCCUCAGGCCUGCAUCCUUGCCGUCGGCACCUCCAGAACUGAGCUGCGACUGAAUGAAGAAGACCAGACGCUGCGUACACAACAGCUUAUGACAGUUACAUUGUCCAGUGAUGGGCGGCUAGUAGAUGAUGAAUUAGCCUCCAGGUUUCUUGAUAAAUUUCGUUCCAACCUUGAACAACCACAGCGUAUGGCCCUUGCCUGAAAGAAAAACGUGAGUUUGAAAUGAAAAUUGGAAGGUUAGAAAUACAAAUCCUUUAAAGACAAAACCUGGUUCUUGUUUUCACAACUACAGACCUCUUAAAUUAUAGAUUAGAAUUGCAUUAGUUAAAGCCUACAAACUGGUAUUGUAUAUAAUAAAAACUGACUGGUUAUCACCUGGUUGGACUUCUGAGUCAGUUAAUCACAAUGGUAACAGUGUCUCUGGUAAUUAGGAAGGUCAUCCCCCACACAAGCAUUGUACAUAGAAUACCUAAGAACAUACUUAUCAGUUUAUGUCCCGUUAAAAAGGGAAAAUCUCAGAAUGGACUUUUAUCAAUAUUUAUUACUGGUCUGUGGCAAUACAGUUUUCACUACAGUCUAUUAACUGUAGUGCUGUUACUAAAUUUACAAACGUAUUGAGCUGUUAUUUUUAAUACUUUAUUAUUUAAAAUAAUUGUCACUGACGGGUUCUCUAAGUCCAAAUUUAAUUGAACUUUGGUUUUGUGUCAUUUAAGUUUCAAUAAAACAUUGUCU